GCGCAGGGGUGGGACGGGGCAGGCGCACAGGACGGGGCUUGGCGGGACUCGAUUUAAAGAGACAGAAGCUGCCGGGGCCCAAGAAGACGGUCCCCAGGACCCUCCCCCCGAGUCCUUGGGACCGCCUGGGUCCCCAGAGCCGGGGAGAUGGUUUGCGGUGGCUUCGCCUGCUCCAAAAAUGCGCUGUGCGCUCUCAACGUGGUCUACAUGCUGGUGGGCUUGUUGCUCAUUGGAGUGGCUGCUUGGGGGAAGGGCCUGGGCCUGGUGUCCAGCAUCCACAUCAUCGGAGGAGUCAUUGCCGUGGGGGUCUUCCUUCUUCUCAUCGCCGUGGCUGGACUGGUGGGUGCUGUCAACCACCACCAAGUCCUGCUCUUCUUUUAUAUGAUCAUCCUUGGUUUGGUCUUCAUCUUCCAGUUUGGAAUCUCUUGUUCAUGUCUGGCUAUUAACCGAAGCAAACAGACAGAUGUCAUCAAUGCUUCUUGGUGGGUCAUGAGCAACAACACCAGGGAUGAACUGGAAAGAAGUUUUGAUUGUUGUGGCUUGUUCAACCUUACAACCCUGUAUCAACAGGAUUAUGCUUUCUGCACUGCAAUCUGCAAGAGCCGGAGCUCCACAUGCCAGAUGUGUGGAGAAAAGUUCCUCAAGCAUUCAGAUGAAGCACUGAAAAUCCUGGGGGGUGUUGGACUCUUCUUUAGCUUUACAGAGAUUCUUGGUGUUUGGCUAGCAAUGAGAUUUCGGAAUCAGAAGGAUCCUCGAGCUAACCCCAGUGCCUUUCUAUGAGACUCUGGACCCUUCUGACUUUUGCUCUCUGUUCUCCCUAAGCUUUUCUUCCUCCCUUAGGGAAAACGUAGGGUCUGUAGCCCUUUUUGUUUGAGAAAAAGGAAAGGCCCUUUGCCACACAUCCCAAAAGGACUGAACAGCCAGGCUGUGUGCCUUGACAUGUUUAGUGGGGACAAGAUCGUAAGGAAUAAAGAACUUCCUCCCUCUCUCCCUAAGUGGAUAUGAGAAGCUCCUGGGAGCGCAUGAAGUGGGAUAUGGGGUUGGAGUCCUUCCUGGCUCUGUUUCCCUUUUCCCUUCCACAUGCUAGACCAACUCGAUACAUUGUGGCCUGGCUCCAAGGGUAAAUCAGGGACGGAAUCAGGGAAAAAAAAAAACCACUUUCUUACAAUAAGCAAGACCCAGUUUGGGGAAGUUCAGUGAAUAUAAAAAUAAAAGCCACUUAAGCUCCGUAUUCAAAGAA